GGCGGGGAUCCCAGGAGCUAUAGGAGGAGUGGGUAGGUGACAGUACUUGUAGGGCCUGGGGAAAGAGGAGCUGAGGCCUGAGGAGGGUGUUGGAGUCUGCGCUGUGGGUACCGGGCUUGUGUGUCGCUGGAAGGUGAGAGCGCGCCAUGCCUCCCUCCGCGCUCCACCGAGUCCUCGUCGUCCUACUGUCGCCUCUGCUGUGGCUGCCGGCCGUGCUGCCCGUGCCCAUCGAGCGGGCCGCUGCGAACCAGGAACCGAGCCCCGCCACCGAGAGCCCGGACACGGGUCUGUACUACCACCGGUACCUCCAGGAGGUCAUCAAUGUGCUGGAGACGGACGGGCACUUCCGGGAGAAGCUGCAGGCUGCCAAUGCUGAGGACAUCAAGAGCGGGAAGCUGAGCCGAGAGCUGGACUUUGUCAGCCACCAUGUCCGCACCAAGCUGGAUGAGCUGAAGCGACAGGAGGUGUCAAGGCUACGGAUGCUGCUCAAGGCCAAGAUGGACGCCAAGCAGGAGCCCAAUGUACAGGUGGAUCACCUGAGUCUCCUGAAGCAGUUUGAGCACCUGGACCCUCAGAACCAGCACACGUUCGAGGCCCGAGACCUGGAGCUGCUGAUCCAGACAGCUACCCGGGACCUCGCGCAGUACGAUGCGGCCCAUCAUGAGGAGUUUAAACGCUAUGAGAUGCUCAAGGAACAUGAGAGACGCCAGUACCUGGAGUCCCUGGGAGAGGAACAGCGAAAAGAGGCAGAACGUAAACUGGAAGAGCAGCAGCGCCGGCACCGGGAGCACCCCAAAGUCAAUGUGCCUGGAAGCCGAGCACAGUUGAAGGAGGUAUGGGAGGAACUGGAUGGAUUGGACCCCAACAGGUUUAACCCCAAGACCUUCUUCAUCCUGCAUGAUAUCAACAGCGACGGGGUCUUGGAUGAGCAGGAGCUGGAGGCCCUCUUCACCAAGGAGCUGGAGAAGGUGUAUGACCCAAAGAACGAGGAGGACGACAUGCGAGAGAUGGAAGAGGAGCGGCUGCGCAUGCGGGAGCACGUGAUGAAGAAUGUGGACACCAACCAGGACCGCCUCGUGACUCUGGAAGAGUUUCUAGCAUCCACCCAGAGGAAGGAGUUUGGGGACACCGGGGAAGGAUGGGAGACUGUGGAAAUGCACCCCGCGUACACGGAGGAGGAACUGAGGCGCUUCGAGGAAGAGCUGGCCGCCCGUGAGGCUGAGCUGAAUGCCCAGGCCCAGCGACUCAGUCAGGAGACCGAGGCCCUUGGGCGGUCACAGGACCAGCUGGUGGCCCAGAGGCGAGAGCUACAGCAGGCUGUUCUGCAGAUGGAGCAGAGGAAGCAGCAGCAGCAGCAGCAGCAGGACCAGAACCCAGCCCCUGCCAACCCCGAGGGACCACUCAAGUUCCACCCCGACACAGAGGAUGUUCCUGUCCCAGCGCCAGCCGGUGACCAGAAGGAUGUGCAAACUUCAGAAAAGAAAGUUCCAGAGCAGCUCCCCUCAGUGCCUCAGCUGGAUUCCCAGCACCUCUGACCCUCCGGGUCCUGCCCUCCAGCUUCCUGACGGAUGAAGUGUCACCAUCAGCCUUCUCUGGGCUGCCACACACACAGCCUCUGGAGGAGGAGACACAGUGACGUCCACACACUGCUGCUCAGACCCGCGUCUGCCCCUCUUCCAGUCUGAGUGUCACAGCUCUGAGUUGUGCUUCUGUCUCUCCAUCCCCCCGCCCCCGGAGCGCCUGUCCCCUUCCCACAUGGCUGGCCUCAGCCGCUCCAUCUGCGUCCCUCGGCCAGCCUGUGGCCCACAGUGGACUUGUGCCCGCCGCUUGGGGCCAGCUCCUGUGGUCUGUGGGAGCUGGGGUGGGUCUUCUGACCUUCCACUGCCUCGUCUGGGCCAGCAGUGCUGCUGUGUCCUCCCUGGAUGCUAGGCCAAGGUCCUGGUUGUGCCUGGGCUGGCCGUUCCUGGGCCUGGCUUCUGGCCACCCUGCCCUGUCUUCCCCAUCCUGGCCAGGGCAGAAGGCCCUGAAGUCGGCCGCGCUGCUGUGCCGACCUCUGCUUGUCCUGCCGUGUGCCCGCUCUGCGCUCCUGUUCCAUCUAAAUACACUUCUGGGAACAG